AUGUCGCACGCCGAGAUUGACACCGACUCGCACAUCACCGUCGAGCAGAUCGAUGGCGAGGGAACCCGAUCCAAGGGAGAGACCAAGUCUCGCAAGGGUCAGUCAGUAGUACUUGGGGGCUUGAAUUCACCCUAGGGUGUGCCCCCUGGGCCCUCUCCUUUCCCCCCCGCCCGCGCCCACCCGCCGCCUUCUCCACCCACGUCUUGGCGGCCCCACUCCCACACACCACCUCACCGUGCAGACGCUGAUGAUCCGACCCUUCUUCGACUCGUAGCCCUCUCCAAGCUCGGACUGGUCGCCGUCCCCGGUAUCAAGCGAGUCGUGAUGCGCAGACAUCGUCAGGUCAGUCCAGUUCCCCACCGACGAGCAUCGAGCAGACGCAGCUCCCCUCGAAGGAAACCCCUACCACCGAACUGACCCUCGACCCUGUGUCCACGAAUUACGCUCACUCCACAGCAACUCCUCGUCGUCGCCGAUGCCCAGGUCUUCAAGUCGUGAGUAGGAGGAGCUCACUGCGACAGCUUUCACUCUGCACGAACUGAACUCGAACCCACACACCCCUCGUUACCAGCCCCUCGUCGGACUGCUACAUCGUCUUUGGCGAAGGGAAAUACGAGGAAACCGGCACCCGCGACUCCGAGUUCGCGCGUGCGAUGCAACAAACGGAGAUGUUGGAACGCCAGCAGCACAAAUCUGCCGCGUUGCCGCCUUCGAGCGAGGCUGGCCAGGUCGCCGGGGAUGGAUCCGGGGACCCCGAGGGGGAGAAUGGCUUGGAUGCUGAGGAGAGUGAGUCGAGAGAAGAUGGUUCUUAUGGAUGAAGAGCCUUAAAACGAACUAGGUUUCUGAUCAAGCCCAUCCUGCCGGGCCGCGUGCCUUUUUUGCUUUCUCCCUCGCAGUCAAGGUCGUGAUGGAGCAGGUCAGUAAUCUAGACCACGAAAGCCUCAGUUCGGCUUUCCAUUCAUCAUGCUGAUGCUACAGGAACGUACUUUCUCAGGCCAACUGCUCGCGAGCCAAGGGUUCGUUUUCGUGACCUCACGUCGGUCCGGCCCCCGCACUGACCACGUUCCCACGUCCGAUCUCUUUCCCACAGCCGUUCAAGCACUGAGAAGCACAAAGGGUGAUCUCGUACAAGCCAUCAUCGAGGCCAACUAA